AUGGGCAGUUGGGACGAUGGUCUGGCGGCUGCGCCCACUGACGAGUUUUCACGACGCCACCCUCCCAGCCUCCCAGACUCCAGCCCGCCGUCCGCCAUGCUCCGGUCCUCCAGGUCCCGCAGUGCCCCGCGCCAGAACACGCUGUCCACCAUCCCCGAAGAGCUCCUCGAACGUAUCCUUGCCCUCUGCAUCGACACCCCGGAGCCGGCCUCCUCGUCCUACGUGUCCGGCCCCUCCGGAGCCCACCGCACCGCCCCCCUCCUCGUUUGCAAACGCUUCCUGCGCAUCGCGACCCCCCUUAUUUACCACACGCUCACGCUCCGCUCCCCGCGCCAGACCCACCGCCUCUGCCACACCCUCACCGCGAACCCCUUGCUCGGCAGCUUCGCGCGCAAACUCGUCGUGCAGAGCGCCGACGUUCACGAUGUUUCCUACCACAUCCUCGCCCUAUGCAGGGGCAUUGAAGAGUUGGACAUAUCCUUAGUCGAUGGUGGCGUCGGGAACGCUGAGGCUGAUGAAGCACAUAUCCGGCGCUUCAGCAAGGCGCUCGCGCGCCUCGAUAGGAUCAGAUCGCUGACGCUCAGGAAGCCUGCCAGCACCUAUCUCACGCACGACAGACCGAGGCUGCUGCUGGAAGCCUUAGCUGAUGCCGUCAAGUUCUGGAGAAACCUCGAAGUUCUCACAUUCGCGUUCCGCCUCUCGUCGACGCCCAGCACGGACUUGCUUGUCUCGUCUCUCUCUCGCGCUCCGAGACUGCACACCGUGCGCGCGGUGAUGCCCACGGUGCUCAACGCAUGCUUCAUCACCCUCUCCACGAACCCUGCCCUGCGAAACAUCGAGCUGAUCACAGACGAAACGCCCUCCGGCGUCAUCUUCGGCACGGGCAACGGGCUUUUUCUGAAGGAAGCGCGCAAGCAUGAGCGACUCUGGACGUGCAUCCGGCGCGGGACACCCACCGUGCGCGCGAGGGCGAAUACGUACUCGACCUCGCCGUCCCCGCCCGCGUCCUCGUCCUCCGGGCAGCAGAUCAAGCCAACGCAGAGCAUGGGUUCGCUCGCGCCGUCGAGCUACAACUACAGCCACAACCGCAGCGCGUACGGGCAUCCUCCCGCCGCCCCGAGCUCGGGAAAAGGGCGGUGCCCGCCGCCGCCGCCGCCCGAGUCGGCGUCGGCGCAGUAUGCUGCGGCCUACUACUACACCUCGUCUGGCGGGCACCAGGGGUACUACCAAGCCUACCCGGCGUCUUCGAGUUCGUCGGGGUACGCUAGGGAGGCGGGGUACCGUGCGUCGUCGAGCACGGUGAGCGCCGGCGGGCGGAGGGGCACGCGGUGAGACCAUGGAAGAACGGCGGACCAACACUCGACUCGGGACAGCCGCUGGGUUCGGAUUGUCUUGGUGUACAUAUCUGGGCGUGCUGCUCGUCCCCAACUGACGGGCGGUCGCCCAACCGCGUACAUACAUAUCCCCCGGUAACUCGAUACCCUUUGGCUUGUCUUGGGAUCUUGGGUUGCUUGGAUGGGAGGCAUAACCGCAUAGUCGUUCGCUCGCCCUUUUGUUUCUACUUGAUUGCUCGUUCAUCCUGUCAUGAGCACGGUCUUGGAUUUUCGUAUGUUCUUGUAAUGAUUUAUUCUUGUCUUUCUUGUAUAUGUUCUUGUAAUUACGGCC